UAAAAAAAAGGAGCGGCUCAUGGCAGUCUUGACUCUUGACUCUUAACACACUUGUAAGAUAAGGUCAACGUAUCGUAGCAACCUUUCAUGGCGGGCAACAACUUGCAAGCAAGCACGCCAUCGAUGAUCGAUCUAUACUUAGUGAACAGAACAGGAAGACGAUCACUCAUCUAAUACCGAAUUAUUAGCUGGAGAGAUCGAUUCAAGGCUAUUGUCUGGAUCGAAUGAUUUGUCCAUGGAGUGUAGCGGCGGCGGCGGUGGCGCUGCUGCUUCUGUCGCCGGGGGAGAAUCAGAUGGUCCGAGUGUCAGCACAGCCGACGAAGACGAGGUGCGCCGCCGGCGUCGUCGACACCUGCGGCGACGUGGGCGUGCCGUACCUGUUCGGCAUCGACGGCGGUAGCUGCAGCUUCCUCCCGGGCUUCAACCUCACCUGCGACCGCACCAAGCAGCCACACAGGCUGUUCCUCGGCGACGGCUCCCACCUCCAGGUCACCGAGAUCUCCCUGGCCAACUACACGGUGCGCGUCCUCAACGGCGUCGGCACCGUGAACUUCACCUUUGCGGGGCACAACGAUUCCACGGCGAAGUGGGCCGGAGUCAGCGUCGGCCAAGACGACGGGCCGUACAUCGUCUCAGAGGAGCACAACCAGCUGGUGGUGACGGGGUGCAACAUCAUGGCCUCCCUGCUCGGGAACAGCGGCAGCAACGUCAUCAUCGGCUGCUCCUCCUUCUGCUCCAUCACCGACUGGUGGGGCGCCGACCCAAUAGUGCACUCCGGCGCCGGCGGCGCGUGCUCCGGCCUCGGCUGCUGCGACGUCAACAUCACCAUCGGCCGGCCCUCCUACGAACUGCAGCUCAGGUGGCUCGACUGGGACCACAACUACGACGACCUCCUGCCCAUCGCCGUGCGCAUCGCGGAGCGCGGUUGGUUCGACGGCAUGUCGACCAAGCUUCUCAGGAAAAACAGCCGCAGCGCUGUUCCCGUGCCCGUGGUGCUGGAGUGGGCCGUGGCGUCUGUUCACAAGCCGCCCACUCCCGUAGACGUGAACAGCACGUGCCCCAAGGACCCGGCGAGAAGCGAGUGCCGUAGCAGCAACAGCUUCUGCCGCAACAUCGCCAACAUGUACCGCAGCGGUUACGUGUGCAAGUGCGACGACGGGUACCAGGGCAACCCUUACCUCACCGGCGGCUGCCAAGAUAUCGACGAAUGUUCGCUGCCGGGCAAGUGCUUCGGUGAGUGUACAAACACGCCAGGAAACUACAGUUGCCGUUGUCCGCGUGGUGCGCGUGGCAAUCCCUACACCAAAGAUGGCUGCAUCAAGUUUCCUCUAGGUUUAAGUGUUGGCAUAGGAGUUGGCAGUGGCGCGGGCCUUCUGUUCCUGGUAUUUGGUGCUAGAUUGGCAACCCGUGAGAUUAAGCACCGAAGGGCAAAAAGGGUGAAACAAAAGUUUUUCAAGCAGAACCGUGGUCAUUUACUGGAGCAAUUGAUAUCUCAGAGGGCAGACAUUGCUGAAAGAAUGAUAUUGCCCUUAGUAGAGCUAGAGAAGGCAACUAAUAAUUUUGACAAAUCCCGAGAGCUCGGUGGAGGAGGGCAUGGUACUGUUUACAAGGGGAUUUUAUCAGACUUGCAUAUCGUGGCAAUCAAGAAAUCCAAAGAAGCAAUCCAAAGAGAAAUUGAUGAGUUCAUAAACGAGGUUGCCAUUCUAUCGCAAAUAAACCAUCGGAAUGUUGUGAAGCUUUUCGGUUGUUGUCUUGAGACAAAAGUGCCACUUCUUGUCUAUGAAUUCAUAUCAAAUGGAACUCUAUAUGAACAUCUUCAUGUUGAUGGACCAAUAUCAUUGUCAUGGGAGGAUAGGUUGAGGAUAGCAACUGAAACAGCUAGAGCUCUUGCCUAUCUUCACUGGGCUGUUGCAUUCCCUAUUAUCCAUAGGGAUAUCAAGUCUCAUAAUAUUCUUUUGGAUAGCACCUUUACAACGAAGGUAUCAGAUUUUGGAGCUUCAAGAUGCAUUCCAGUGGAUCAAUCAGGAGUUACAACAGUUGUCCAAGGAACACGUGGAUACUUAGACCCCAUGUAUUACUACACAGGAAGGCUUACGGAGAAAAGUGACGUAUAUAGCUUUGGCGUCAUUCUAAUAGAGUUGCUUACCAGAAAGAAACCGUUUUCAUAUAGAUCACCUGAGGGAGAUAGUUUGGUUGCACAUUUCACGUCCCUACUAGCUGACAGUAACUUGGUUGACAUACUUGAUCCUCAAAUCAUAGAGGAGGGAGGGAAGCGAAUGAUGGAAGUAGCGGCUUUGGCUGCCGUAUGUGUAAAGCUGGAAGCUGAAGAACGGCCGACUAUGAGACAAGUGGAGAUGUCCUUGGAAAGUCUUGGAGGGUCGUUGCAGGAGCAUACCACGGGCUUGAUUGCAACAGAAUCUCGUAGAAUUAGGCAUGUUGCAGAAGAGAAUUAUCCAACAAGGGAGGGAACAGGCAAUGAGGAAGCAAGUCGACAGUAUAGUUUGGAAGUAGAGUACCUGCUAUCUUCAAGGUACCCUCGGUAAUGAUGAAGAUUAUGCAGUGUUUGUCUCUUGAUGUAAUAUUUAGUUAAUUCGAUUCAUAUCUGCUUGAACAUGCGUGAUGUCAUUUUUAUAAUUUUGUAUUUAUUAGACUUCAGACAUCUGAAAAUUUGUGGAUUAUUGUAACUAAGCCAACUAAGCAAAAAAUUACAUUGUGAUCUAAUGUGCAAUUUUGUUUGUUUCAA